AUGCUCUUCGCUCCGAUCGCCGUCGAGGCGAUGAAGUGUAAAGAGGAAAACUGCGAAGUCGGCGUUGUACUGGAGCACAACUCUCUGAUCGUACUCUCUGUCAACAAGACUAUCGUUUGCCUCUGCGGGAGGGACAGGAACAACCCAUUCGAACGCGGCAAGCUGCGCAAGCGGGAGGAGCAUUCGGCCUCCGUGCAUCCUGCCGAGGUGCUCCAAGCCGCUCCGGUGCCCCAGCCGGAGCCUCUUGCCUUUCGCCAGCAGCCUCUAUGGCAAUUCCCACCGCCGCUGCCCCCGCCUUACGUCUAUCCGCACGAUCAGGACAACUUGAUGCAGCCAAUCGGUAAUGAAAGGGCAAGUUUCCGCAGUCUUCGCAAGAAUAUUGGCGGUCGCUGGAAGCGACUUGUAAAGAAGAAGCCCGAACAGGAGGUUUACACGAUCCCCCCUGAGCUCAAGCCUCAACUGAAGCAAAUCUACGUGUAUUGA